GUUGCUGCACCGCGGUGAGUCAACGCACGCAGAAGACAAGCCGCUGCAUCCUAAUCACACAGCAGAGAGGACUUCGGCUCAUUGACAUUACAGUCAUACUUUUCUGGAGCACUUUUUCCCCCUCCUUAUUUAUUUUCGCUUCGCUGCACUGUAGCUUGUGUGCGUGUGUGUGCGCCCGGAGCUUGUGGAUUUUUCUCCCUCCUGUUCAACAGCGAGAGUGGGAGAAGGAGAAGGACACGGGUGGAACCUACACAAGUGCUGGUGAAAAGAAACUCUCCUCCACCCCGACUGUAACUGGACUGCUUUAAUUGCUGAAGACAAGUAUUUUUUUUACGACCGUGGCUACGGCAUUUUCCUCGGGUAGUAUGAGUGAACACUUACAAGGACCAUUCUGUUUGGAGACUGGAUCGCUAUUACUGCUCAGAUGAGUCUGGGCGCUCAGCUGAAUAUAAAUUAGGUCCUCGACACCACAGAUUGCUCUAGAGGCAGGGGGAAGAAAAGGAGACGGAGCGGAGACAAUUUUCAAAGACAAAUGCCACUGUCUUACAUGAUGAACAGAAGUAUAUUUCUGCUACUAAAUAAUACCAACACCAAAUUUGAACAAACUAUCAACAAGUCAAAGAAACACUAAAAGCAUUAAAUACCAGCCUCUUGCAGGUGGAGGCAAUGUAUCUUUCUAUUUUCUUUUUCCUUCUUUUAUGGGCUCAAGCCCUGACUUUGAAAAACUUGAAUUACUCUGUCCCGGAGGAACAGGGUCCAGGGACAGUGAUUGGGAACAUAGCCAAAGAUGCCAGACUCGGACUUGAGCAAACCGGUCAGGGAGGACAGGGUAAGAAAGCCAACUUUAGGGUGCUUGAGAACUCAGCCCCACAUCUAAUUGACGUGGACCCCCAGAGUGGUCUGCUCUACACCAAGCAGCGAAUUGACAGGGAAACAUUGUGCAAGAAAAGCCCCAAGUGCCAACUCUCCAUGGAGGUGUUUGCCAAUGACAAAGAAAUCUGCAUGAUCAAAAUAGAUAUUCAGGACAUCAAUGACAACUCCCCCACUUUCCCUUCUGAUCAGAUAGAUAUCGACAUCUCUGAAAACGCUGUGCCAGGAACGCGCUUUCCCCUGACCAGCGCACAUGACCCAGAUGUAGGAGAAAAUGGCCUGAAAACCUAUCAAAUAACAAGAGACGACUACAAUCUAUUUUCCUUGGAGGUUAAGUCUCGAGGGGAUGGAACAAAAUUCCCUGAACUAGUUAUUCAACGACCGUUGGACCGAGAAGAACGAAGCCAUCACACCUUAAUUUUAUCAGCCACUGAUGGGGGGGAGUACCCUCGGUCAGGAACCAUGCAGAUAAAUGUUAAAGUAAUUGAUUCCAAUGAUAACAGCCCAGUGUUUGAUCAGCCGUCGUACGUUGUAGAAAUACCUGAAAAUUCCCCACCUGGUAAAGUUCUCAUCGAUUUGAACGCCACAGACCCUGAUGAGGGUAACAAUGGACAAGUAGUCUAUUCUUUUAGUGGCUAUGCCCCAGAGAGAAUCCAUGAGCUCUUCUCCAUAGAUUCCAGAACAGGGGUCAUAAAGAUUCAGGGCGAAAUUGACUACGAAGAGAGCCCAGUUAUUGAGAUUGACAUUCAGGCAAAGGAUCUAGGUCCCAAUUCAAUCCCAGGUCAUUGUAAAGUCACCGUUAAAGUGCUUGACAGGAAUGAUAACUGGCCAUCUAUAGGCUUUGUGUCUGUGAGACAGGGAGCCAUCAGUGAGGCUGCACCUCCAGGCACUGUCAUUGCUCUGGUGCGUGUCACAGACAAGGACUCAGGCAGAAAUGGGCAGCUUCAAUGCAGAGUGCUGGGUAAUGUUCCCUUUAAACUUGAGGAGAACUAUGAUAACUUUUAUACGGUGGUGACAGACAGGCCCUUGGAUAGAGAGAUUCAGGAUGAGUACAAUGUCACUAUUGUCGCCAAAGAUAAUGGCAUUCCUCCUCUAAACUCUACAAAAUCCUUCACUGUAAAAAUUCUUGAUGAGAACGACAAUGUUCCCCGCUUCACCAAGGCCGUUUACCUCCUUCAGACACCUGAGAACAAUAUCCCAGGAGAGUACCUAGGGUCAGUUCUGGCCCACGACCCAGACUUGGGCCAGAAUGGCACAGUGUAUUAUAGCAUAAUCAACUCUAAUGUGAGUGGAGGCGACGUGAACACCUAUGUGAAUGUCAAUGCUGCAAAUGGAGCUAUUUACGCGGUGAGGUCGUUUAAUUAUGAGCAAAUCAAAUAUUUCGACUUUAAAGUUCUCGCAAAAGAUGCAGGAUCUCCACACUUGGAGAGCAACGCUACGGUUCGCAUCAGCGUUCUAGAUGUCAACGAUAACAUCCCUGUCAUUGUGCUGCCACUGCUCCAAAACGACACCGCUGAAAUUCAUGUGCCCCGUAAUGUUGGUGUUGGCUACAUUGUCACCACAGUGAGGGCCGUGGAUAAUGACUAUGGUGAGAGUGGGAGGCUCACAUAUGAGAUCUCGGAUGGUAAUGAGGACCACCUCUUUGAAAUUGAUCCAGUGACUGGGGAGGUGCGAACUGCCCACCCAUUUUGGGACGAUGUCAGCCCCAUGGUGGAGCUGAUUAUCAGAGUGUCAGACCAUGGCAAGCCAACACUCACAGCUGCUGCCAGGCUCAUCAUCAAGGCAUCCAAUGGACGUCCUCCCGACGGACUGCCACGCACGAAAGACAAUCACAACUGGGACAUGUCUCUUCCUCUUAUUGUAACUCUAAGCAUCGUGUCCAUCAUUCUACUGGCUGCCAUGGUCACCAUAGCCAUCAAGUGCAAGCGGGAAAACAAGGAGAUCCGUACCUAUAACUGUCGCAUUGCAGAGUACUCGCACCCUCAGCUGGGAAAAGGCAAGAAGAAGAAGAUUGCCAUGAAUGUGAUGAAUGUGGUAAGCAGCCCUUCCUUGGCCACCUCUCCCAUGUACUUUGACUACCAGACACGUCUGCCACUCAGCUCACCACGGUCAGAGGUCAUGUACCUCAAGCCCACUGCCAAUAACCUCAGCGUGCCCCAAGGCCACGUGGGAUGCCACACCAGCUUCACAGGCCCAGUCACCAGCACUACAGACACACCUACUAACCGCAUGUCUAUCAUACAGAUGGACAAUUUCCCCACUGAGUCUAAUUAUAUGGGCAGCAGACAACAGUUUGUCCAAAGUAGUUCAACAUUCAAAGACCCAGAGCGAGCCAGUCUCAGAGACAGUGGUCACGGUGACAGUGACCAGGCUGACAGUGACCAGGACACCAACAAAGGCUCUUGUUGUGACAUGUCCGCAAAAGAGGCCCUCAAGUUGAAAGCUACUGGAGUCAAACCACCGCCUUUGGAACAAGAUGAGGACUGUGUGAAUUGCACUGAGGAGUGCCGAGUUCUGGGUCAUUCCGACCGCUGCUGGAUGCCCCAGUUCCCUGCUGGAGGAAACCAGGCUGAGGGCAUCGACUACCGCAACAAUAUGUUUGUGCCAGCAGGGAUGGAAGCUGCUCCGGAGACAGAGACCUACGAGACUGUCAACCCCAACGGCAAGAAGACUUUCUGUACAUUUGGGAAAGACAGACGUGACCACACUAUUCUCGUUGCCAACGUCAAGCCCUACUUAAAAGCAAAAAGGGCUCUGAGCCCACUACUUCAGGAAGUCCCUUCGGCCUCGAGCAGCCCAACGAAGGGCUGUUCUACCGCAUCAACCUGCGCCUCAGUCAAAAGCCCGGCUGAUGGGGCCGAGGGCAAACCUCCUCCCUCCACCUGCUCAGGCCACUAUGGACCUCCUGACGGUCAGUACCUGUCACCAACCAAACAUACCAGAGACCAAGGCGUCUACCCGUCCUUGCCUCCCUCGGACCCGGUGGCCAAGGUGCUCGCAGAGGCCCGGUCCAGGAUCAGCCAGGAGGCAGCAGGUGAAAUGGAGUGUCCCCUGGAGCAGUUGGAGUCUGACGCGAACCACGAUGCAAUGGAUGCAGACCAGGUAGUGAGAGACAUCGACAAACUACUGCAGGACUGCAGAGGAAGUGAAGCCACCGGAACACUCAGGAAGUGACACAAAGGGAAGAAAAGAAGGAAAAUCUAAAAACAAAUGUAAAAGUAGAGAGAGGAAUCAAAUACUAUUCCACAAACUCUCAGCUCAAAACUGUCACCAAAACAAAUCAAAAGGUUGAAUAGCUCUUCUGACAGGAGCUCUUUUCUGUGUUUGUUGUUUGAAAGUACCCACUCUGGACUCUGGAACAUUUAUUAUGUCAUUCAUUUGGCACCGAUUGCGGAGCCGAGAUCCCUCUCCAAAAGAACUACGUUACGAACAUCGAGAAAAAAAAAAAAAAAACCUGCUGAAUUUUUAUGCUUUUUUUUCCCAGUUUUGGAUUCUUAAUGAAAUCGCAGAGGCUUCUGCCUCAAGCACCUCUCGCAAGCUAUUAUCUAAGUGCCCACCAGCUCACGUGUGUUGUUCAUGAUCUUUAGUGAAAUCUUAGAUUUCUUAAUGUGCAUAGACAGAUUCUGUUAUGUGUGAUGGCCAUAGAAACUGACAGAAAAAAAAGGACUACUUAUGGUCAAACAUGACAAUCGACACCGAAACGGAAAAUUUGAAAGAAAAACAAAACAAAGCCAGUUCUAAUCUGUUUGGGACGAUGAAAGACCAAAAUAAACAAAGCAACUUUUUUUUUUUUUUGACUUUAAUAUAAGUGGUUGUCGGUUGAUGGAUCGUGGUUAAUCAGGGGUUUGUUCAUAAGGGUUGAUGAACUCGGGGUUGGACGGGUUUAAAAUAAGUUCUUCUCAAGAAGAAUUCUAAAAGAGUGUAACCAUCUUUUCCACCUGUCAUUCGUGGCCUCAUUUGUAACGUGUGUCUCUUUCACAUCUAUUUAAAUGUUAAUGUUGAUGACUGGUGUACUUGUACACACCACUUUUAUAUAUACGUGCACUACACUAUUUUAACACGUACACCCGCUUACUCACAUGCACCGCACUGAUGACCCCACACACACCCACAUGCUCACGUCCCACAGAACACACACACACACGUACACACAC